GUCUAUAUUCAGGUAAGCAAUGGAAGAUAGGGCUUGGGUCAACAUUGUAGCGCUCGUUGCUCAAAGGUAUAUGUCGUGGUGACGCCCUGUACCACCGUCCUUCUAGCAUUGCUCCAUUGCUUUGGUAUAAUCUCCUUAAUUCGACCUGGAGUCGAGUGCUCGAAGAUUGACAUCGACACCUCUUGCUGAACGCUCACCAUUACGGUUAUUACGCUGGACGUACAUUCUGAGUUUCAUUCUUCUGGCAUCCAUCCGAAUCAUGAUUGAGAACAUCUGGGGCUAUGAGCCUAUCGUACCAUUGGCUGUCGCAGCCGCGGCUGUGUUUGGUCUCGGUGCUGCCAUUCAUUUGAUCCAAGCCAUCUACUACCGAACCAAGUUCUUCGUGGCGUUCAUUGUUGGUGCAUUCAUGAUGACACUGGGUUAUGUUCUGCGAACACUAUCUGUCUUGCACCCAAACAACAUCGCUCUCUACGCACUCCAGAACAUCUUCAUUCUGCUACCGCCAUCGCUCUAUGCCGCGACACUGUACAUGACCUAUAGCAGACUCGUGGUAUUGGUCGAUGAACCUCAAGCAUCGAUUCUUCGUCCUCAGAUGGUUACAAACUUCUUCGUCUGUAUAGACAUGUUCUCUUUCCUAGCCACGGCGGGUGGUGGUGCAAUGAUAUCAGUCGAAGAGAUGGCACCCACAGGUAAGAAACUCGAGAUUCUCGGGCUGGCACUUCAGCUCUUGAGUUUUUGUCUUUUCUUGGCUAUCGCUAUCGUCUUUCGGAUUCGUAUCAGAAAGACUGUCACUGAGGCUGCUACCAAGAAACAUGGCAGAUACUCCUGGAAGACGAUGCAUUCUCUGCUCAUGGCUGCCGCCGUACUCAUCAUCAUACGAGCUACUUAUCGCAUCAUUGAGUUCUCGGAGACAGAGGUGUUUGUCGGUACGUUGAUGAGAAGGGAAGGAUACGCUUAUGUCCUUGAUGCUGUUCCGAUGUUUGUACUGCAGACUAUGUUUAGUGUCGUUCAUGCUGGACAGGUUCUGCCACGCAAAGGAGAAGGUAGAGAGAAGAUUGAAGGAUAUCUGGGAAUCACUGCGGAUCGCUGAGGGUCUUCGGCAGUUCUUCAUGUAUUGCAUUUUCAUUGCUGCAAGCUCUACCCACCUUCCUUCUCUGUCCGCUGUCUCUUGAUGCGUCUGGGGCUUCUUGUGCAUGCCAGACGGGACGGCUUUGGAGAUUUCCAGUAGCGAAUCACGCCCGAACUUGGUCAGACGUGUGCAAUACUAUAUACCAC